GCUCUACCUUUCUGCUCUCUCGGUUCUGGAAAGCAGCGAUGGAGAAGUUUGCAAGCGCGGGCAAAGGCAACGGCCUACGCCUGACGAAGCCGGCCAGACCGGGCGACUUACUGCAUCGCGCAGAGCCUUUCGCCUACGUCGUCACCAAGAAGUGCCUGGGAGGCGUGUGCGAGCGCUGCCUGCGCAGGAAGGAGAAACUGCUAAGGUGUUCUCAGUGCAAAGUUGCAAGAUACUGUGAUGCAUAUUGUCAGAAAAAAGAAUGGCAGGACCACAAACGGGAAUGCAGGUGCAUUAAGGAUAGUGAGCCUAACUUUCCACCAGACUCAGUGAGACUUGUUGGCAGAAUCAUCUUCAAACGAUUAAGAAAGUCAACUUGCCCGUCAGAGGCGCUCUACUCUCUUUCUGAUCUCCAGUCAAAUGUUGAAAAGUUAAGUGAAGAAAUGAAAGAAGGCCUUGGACACCUUGCCAAAACACUGCAACUAUAUUUGAAGGUGGAGAUCCAAGAAACUUCUCAGCUGCCUCCUGACCUAGAUAUCUUGGAGACCUUCGCAAAAGUGACCUGUAACUGUUUCAGCAUUAGCAAUGGAGAAAUGCAGGAUGUUGGUGUUGGCCUUUAUCCCAGCAUGUCUUUGCUGAACAACAGUUGUGAUCCCAACUGUGUGAUAGUCUUUAAGGGUCCUCAGCUCCACCUUCGUGCCAUCCAGGAGAUUCAGAUGGGUGAAGAGCUUACCAUCAGCUAUAAUGAAACAUUGAUGCCCACCCCUGAACGACAGAAACACCUGAAACGUCAAUAUUGUUUUGAAUGUGACUGCCUUAUGUGUCAUACAAAAACCAAGGAUGCUGACAUGUUGGCAGGAGAUGAGCAAGCUUGGAAAGAAGCCAGAGAAGCUGUCAAUAAAGUAGGUGCUCCAAAGUCACAAGAAGAAUGGCAGCAGGCUCUUGUGGUAUGCCGGACAUUGCUAAAGAACAACAGCACACUUCUCCCAGACAGGAACAUCUACCAGCUGAAACUACUUGACCUUGCCAUGGAUGCCUGCAUAAACCUUGGACUUUUUGAGGAGGCUUUGAGUUAUGGUAUCAGGACUCUGGAGCCAUACAGGUUUUAUUAUACCGGCUUCCAUCCUUUGAGGGCUGUGCAGAUGAUGAGAGUGGCCAAAUUGCAGUACAGCCAAGACAUGUUUUCUCAGGCCCUGGACACCUUGAAGCAGGCUUAUGAUAUCAUGAAGGUGACCCAUGGGGCUGAGCACAGCCUACUACAAGACUUGAUGAUGCUGAAGGAGGAAUGUGAAGCAAGCAAAUCUUUUGAAUAAAAAGGAAGACCCGCAAGACAUUGAUCUUCAGAAGGAAAAUGGAGCAGAGGAUGGAAGGAGAAAGGGCAGUGAAAUACCCAUAUCCAUAGAUCAGAUCCCAUUGAUCUGGCUAGAGCAAAGACAAAGUUCCAUUUUGGUUUUGUUUCAUUGUAUAAAUUCUGUAGUGUUUGUUCUGUACAUUUCCCAACUGAUGUUCUCACUAGUUGAUAUUUCCAGCAGAAAUAUACUGCCUGCAAAGUAGAAAUUUGGACAAAUCCUGCUAAAGGUACAAUCAAUUUAUGUGUGAAGCACAGAAAAUGUUAAUGUGUGUAAAUACCAUUCUGCAUUGAUCAUAGGUUUUGGUUGUUGGGGUUUUUGUUUUGUUUUGGGGGGGUUUUUUUGGCAUACCCCCUCUAUGCCUUGAACUAUGUUAGUAUAUGGAAUAAAUUAAAAAUAAUAGAGUCAAACACUUUAAUCAUUAGAAGUAUUUGUACUUAAUUUUUGACACUUCUUUUCCCCCUUUAUUGCAUUGCUUCUUUCUGUCCCAUGCUAAUUAUGUCAUUUCCGGUCAUGGCUUAACUCUUGCUUAGAAUACCUUCUGUUAAUUUGCUGAUCACAGAAGCUGCAUUUCAGGUUGGAUCUCAUAUUUCAAAUUUAUAAACCUGUUUUAGCUCCUAAGUCAUUUGAGUAGUCCAGUUUUAAUAGUAUUAAUGCUUGAUUGGUGCUGUGAAAAGUCUGACUGCGGUAAUUUCAUGGUUUUACUGAAUACAAGAAAGUUGAGGAAGCACUCAUAGUAAGGAAGACCAGACCCUUUAGGCUACAGUCAUAAGCACAUUUGCUACUGAAUAAGCCACUUUGAACAGAAUGGGCUUACUUCCAACUAAACUUGCAUAGGAUUGCACUACUAAUCUUACUGUAUCAUUCAAACACUUCAGCCUUGCACUGUUGCCUAGAGGUGUACUUUCACGUGUGGAAUACCAAAUGCACUUACCAUAAAAAGUCCAGAAAACAAGGAACUGUCUUACCCCAUUUCAGAUCCUUGACUAAUCCGGUUUUUGACUGGCUACAGCUUUCCAGAGCAUUGGUCAGGGGCUCUUGCUGUUCUGCCUACCCUAAAAUGGACAAUCUAAGCAUUGAAAUGGAAGACUGUACAGAUUAGAAUCUGAACACUAGGUUCCCAAGAAUCUGUGCCGAUGCUAACAGUGACACUGCCAAGCUACAAAAAGUACAUUACUUGCUUUAUGCAGUAACUUUGUUGUGUAUUCUUGUCUCCAUUUUGUAAAAAAUUUUGUUUUAAUACACAAAGUGCCUGGUUAAGAGGCCACUUCAGCUCCUACUCACUGAAAGGAGGACCAUAGCACUUGGGAUAAAUUCCUCCCCAAAAUACCUUGUGUGAUCCCCAAGUUCCACGUGAUGUGACUAGUGGAAUCAUGAGAAAAUGUUGAUGCCAUUCACAUUUUUCACUCUAAAACAUGAAAUAUAAAAUAUGUAUGCAUCAAAAUACUUAGUGGAAUAAUAUUUAGAUCAGGUCUUUACAGCAAAGUAAAGACAGUGGUGCCACUGUACCCACAAGGCCCGGCUGUGGCAUCCAUCAAGCUCUUUUCCCAUUCCUUGCUGAAAAACACCUGGAGGGGGCAAACUUCACCUCACUAAGUAGCCUUGGGGCAACAGGGUUUUUGGUGGUCUUCACUGCCACCUCCAUCCUUUUUUCUUCCUACUGUGAGCAUGAAUGGAAAACAUGGAAGGAAGCAGCCAGGUGGAAGCUUCCUGUGUUUUUAAUAGCCCUUCCUGGGAAAAGUAAAAAUUUCCCAUUGGCUGAGAUCAUUUGUGCAAUGCUGUUACACUUAAUUUUUAACCCUUAAAUGGAUGUCAACCAAUCAAUAUUGCUAGGUAUAUUGCUAUACCAACCAGCCAACCAACCAAUAUGCUAGAAGUGUACGACUUGUAUGAAGUCAUACAUACAAGUGAAGACUUGUAUGGCUUCAAAACUCAUUUAAGAUGUCUUUUUUUGCAUUCAGUCUUUGCCUCCCUGCUGGACAAUUUACUGCUGUCUGUAUAGCCAUAGCUGCCCUUUCAUUCAUCUUGAGUGAACUUCUCUUCAACAAUAACUUGGCAGCAUUCAUUACAAUGCAAGGAGAACGCAUUGCAAAGGAAAUGAAUGGUCCAGGCACAUGUUACGGCCACAUCUCAUAAAUGCUUGAGGAUAAUGUCCUCUAAAGUUGUUUGUGCAAAUUGUAGCAAAUGAGACAUCAUGCACUUGCCUGAGAGAUACCAGAGGCCAAGCAAGAGACACAUUUGGGAACUGGGUGGUAUAUAGAUGAAAUUGUUGUUGUUGUUGUUGUUGUUGUUAUUUCUUCACAGUGCUACCACUCUGGCUGCAUAGCCAUAUAUGUAACCAAAGGCUGAAUCCUGUCCAGCAGCGAAGCAACCUUGGUUGUUUACUUUUAAAAAUUGAAGGUAUGAAAGUGAAAUUUAGAAGUUAGACCAGACCCAGGCAUUUAGGGCCAAGCGAGACAUGAUGCACAUUAAUUGCCUGAAAACAAUUGAAACAACUAAAUGCAUGAUAAUUAAACACAUAAAUGGAAUUGAUCCACACAUUUUGAUAAACAUUGGAGUUGUAGGGGAGCACAGCAGGAAUGGGUUUAUGGGGAGUGAAUGGGGAACUGUACCAGUGAAAAGGUACCUGCCCAAGCUGGUAUUUGCAUCAGGAAGGAAAAGCUUCCAUGAACACUUCUCCCCACUCCCACAGUCCUACUUCUAUCCCCACAUGUGUGCAUACAUGUGCACACACUCACUCUGUUUACAUGUUUGUACUUUAAUUGCAUCCACAUAUCCUAUAUGGUGGGUAAUUAGUGGGGUUCCUGCAAUUGCAUUGUGAACAACUUUUGAAAAAAAUUCUGAGCAUGCUUUGUGCUGUAAUGCUAUUACCAGGUGUUUAUGGGAAGGGAAGCUUGUUUAGCAUUUAGAGUUUCUGCUGUCCUCAUAUUGGAGAUGAUUCCCUGCCAUAUAGCCUGAAGGGUCUGAUCCUCCCUAAUCUUGGAAGCUAAGUAGGGUUGGGCCUGGUUGAAGUCUAGAUGGGUGACUUAAAUGUCAUGAAGCCAAAUGUCAUGAAGCCAGAGAGCUUUGGCUGUGGAUUAGGGUUAGUUUGCAGUUUGGCUUAUUUUCUCAUGCAAAAUUAUCUUUAUGGAGAAAUUGGCAAGAAAAUUUUGUUAAGUAGACUUGGAUGAAUGAGCCCCUUUUUACUUUGGAUCAGUUUCUCCUGAUUAUAUAGUUUUGCCAUUUUCUGCUUUGCAUGCUACAUCUAAAUUACCAGUUACAACUUCAUGGCAAUAUAUCCAACUGUAACAUUUGUUAGAAUCUAGGUUUGGUCUUGCUGUUCUAACAGCUUCAGAGCUUCCUGUGUUAUUGGAAGUAUUAACUGAUGCCAAACAGCUACAUCAGUUCAGGAAUUCAUAUGCGGAAAGGUCUAUUAUCAGUGGAUAGAUAUGAUAUAUAGGGUUUCAAGCACUGAAUAACAAACUGGAGCACCCCAUUUUGCCCAUUCAAUGAAGUCUUUCAGUAUUAUCAAUUUCACAAAGGAUUGUGGAUCUUAUGUUAUGUUAUGUUAGUCAGGAAGUUGUGCCCGAUCCAUCACGACCCCAUGGACAACCUUCCUCCAGGCCUUCCUGUCCUGCACCAUCCCCCGGAACAAACACAAA